AUGAAGACGACUGAAGAGAAUAUUCAAGUGAUUGAAUUAAAACUGAAGAAAGAAAAAAUAAUUCCUCUGAAAGGAAGUGCAAGCGAACAGAAUGCUUCAGUUCUACUUAGGGCUAUAUGGAUUAGCCUUAUUUCUAUUUCAGUGCUACAAAUUACAACACAAUCGACCAAUCCAACUACAGAUAAGUUUCUUAUUGAAAACAACGAAAAUCAGUUGGAUUACACAAAACCCAAUAAUACUGCAGAAGUCAGCAUGGAAAAGAUUUUACACAGAGGAAGUGAAAAUAACGUAAAUCCACCAAAUUUUAGCGAAGAAAUUGAAAAAAUGGGAAUAACUAUCAAUGAAAAAUCCUUAGAAGAAAAAAAGCCGAAUGGAAUCAAAUCUCCUGUAGAUACCUCAACAAAAUCUUGGUCUGAACGUAGACAAGAAAGACGUAAACGCUAUAAGGAGAAGAAGGUUAAAUCAUCACCGACAUCUGGUUACUUCUCGAAUUAUUCUUCUGUCGACGAAUAUGAAACUACAAUGACAAAUGAUGCUAACACACCGUUUGAUGAUUCUGAUACAGCUCCAACUAUUACUCAUCGUAUUAAUAGUGAUUUAGUGAUAUCUGAUAACAGUGAUGGUCAGCCGGAAUACUACAUCCUUGAUACUCAUAAUAUGUGUGAACAAAGAAAUUCAAUACAAGUUACAAAUUUAGAUGAUAUUGAUAAUAACAUCACCAAUUCAAUGGUUAACAGCGAUUCACUUGAUGAUUUAUUAGAGAAGAAUGCUCAAUUCUGUAAGGAAAUCAGUGAACUAGGACUGGCUGAUUGGAUAUUAUUACUACCUAAAGAAGAAGAAGAACCCGUGAAACAACAGCCAGAAAAACUAAAACUGAAAUCAUCCGAAAUGAAGGCAGAUCAAGUAAACGAAAACGAGGAAACUAAUUCUAAUGUUGCAGGCGUUAAAGGAAAGUCGGAUACAAACUUGAAAUCAACUUCAGAUGCACCAGUUUCAAAAUCAAGACGUGUAUCGCUUAGAUCUAAACGGAGUUUCGACUAUUCAUUUGAACUAUGGGAUGAAAGCUAUUUUGCUGUGGAACGGAAGAUAUCCCAGCUUGAAGGUUUACACUACGCAGCCUUCAAUACAAAUAAGCAAAACCGACCAAAUGGGCACGAAAUGAUAGACCUAAUAGAAGAUCAGGGAGUAACGUGUCUAGACGCAGAUAAUCCAGAUAAAUGGGUUGUUCGCGCUCAUCGGUCUCUGCAAAAGAUGGGCAGUUUUCAACGAGAGCUCAAGAAAGAAAAUACAUCAACUGAAUUUAAUUCAAUAGAUGAAAAUGAAAGUAAUGAAUGUUUGGACUCAUCAGAAGCUGUGAAACAGGAAUUCCAAAUUAAUAAUGAAGAAAUUAAGAGAAUUGGAAGAGUUCCAGCUGUCUGCCUAACACGUCACUUAAAAAGUGCCCAACGUGGAAAAAGAAACCCUAGAGAAGCUUUCAGAGAAGAUGUUAUUAGUUUCUCAAAUAAGCAACAGGAGGCACGAAUGAAGAUGAGGUACGCAUUAACUGAACUCAGCGACACCGAACUCGAAUAUUCACGGGCCUUAAAGCAAUUAGUAGAAGUAUUUGAUUCAUUAAAUGGAAAAAUGAUUGUUAGUCAAUCAGAAAGUUCAGAACAAACCACAGACUAUCCACAGAUGAUCAAGAAUGACAUCGAAGGACUGCAAACAACUUUGAGAAACAUUCUUCAAUUUUCUGGUAUGUUCCUGGAGAAACUGCCUUUGUAUGCUCUUGAGCCGGGGAAAUCUGCAGAAUGUUUCACAAAAAAUCCUGAUCGUUGGCAUGACUACACAAUGUUUCUUUUACACUUGGAUAAUCUAAUUAAUCACACUUCAGAAAUAGCCUCUCAGGAUACCGAAAUAUCAUUCAGUCUCACUAUUCCAGAUUCUCUAAAAACAAAACAAACUUCACCCACUGACCAAACAGAUUCAUAUCCACAGCCUUACCAACGCAACAGUGUCUCACUCAGGAAUAUUCUCGAUCUAACAGAUGUUCCACGAAAUCGAUUGAAUGCAUAUUGUGGAUUACUGAGAGAUAUAGCAAGAUAUAUUGCACGUGACGGUUCAUCCACAAAAAAUCUUGAACUGGCAAUGACAUAUGUAACUAGAUCCCAGAGAAGAGCAGAAGAAUUCGCUCACUUCUGGUCUCUUGUUGAUGCAGAUUUCAGCCAAAUUUUUAGUUCAGAAAAUUUGUAUGAAGAUAAGUCACUGUUCGGAAAGAUAAUACCACCACCAAUAACUCGAAUGACGGAUAUAAAAAUUGGCGAACACAAAAACGUCCGAAUAGAUGCUGGGGAAAUGAAAACAGAAAGGCUCAUUCUCUUGCCAGAUCAUUUAUUGUCAGCUAAAUGUAUCAGUGCAGAUCAACCGUCAGUCAAAUGGAAAUUGAGCAGAAUAAUUAAUCUUGAUGAAAUACGACUCGGGGAUUAUGGCAAUGAUGGAAAGGACCAGACAUCAUUUGAAUUGUGGAAUAUAUCAGGUAAAGACCCGCUGAAGUUAAUACUGCAUAUCACCUGCCCUGACGUCAUCAGUCGUAAUGCGUGGGUUGAGGAUAUGAGGAAUGCAAUUAAAGAAAAAACUGAAUGCUCCAUAGAAAGUACGAACGUUGAUAAGUCAGUUGUUGAUUCACAUAUAAAAGCAUUCUGGGAUCUACAGAAACGCUACACUGGAAUAAUGGAACUCUCACCUUGUCGCAGUGAAUCUGUCAGUGAAAUAUACUUUGAUGCACUAGAAAAUGUACAACAAGCGAACUCACAAAAUGUUGAAUCAUCACAAUUUUCACAAAUAGAUAAAGAUGUUCUCGUAAGAACUUCUAUAAAUCAAAAAUCUACUUCCUCAUCAUCGUAUUACACUGCUGAUGAACCAAUGGAUGAUAAAGACCGAGCAGUGUCUGGUAAUCUAUUUGAAUCAUAUUCAACCUUGGAUGGUGUGCAAACGCCUUUUUCGGAAGAUCAACAAUCUCUCGCUGAUUUUCAAAUGAGUCCAGAUGUUCGAGGAAACCUAUCACAAUUGUUACCAAGGUCAUCUUUGACAGGGAGUGAAACACUUAUCAAACAACUGACAGUAAAUGCAGGUGAACAAAUACAAUUCAAUGCAUCAUUUACUAUAUCUGGCCCAGUCGCUUACGAGACAAGUUGGUUUAUGAAUGGUGCUCCAAUGAAACCAGACCUGGGGGCUGAUAUGAUAUUGUCAGAUCGAGACACACGCCUGCUCAUAUCGAAUGCAGACCCUUUGGUUCAUUCUGGAACGUAUGCGUGUCGAUGUCGUCUUUUUGAAGGAACGGAGACAGCUGUUUACUUUUGUGUCAAUGUUCUCACAGCUAAGAUGAAUUUAAGUGAUUCAAAUGAAAAUGAGUUAGACCAAGCUAGACGGAUGAGUAUGAGUCAGCCGAAAAUUUUCUAUCCAGUUACUAAAGACCUAGACAUAGCAGUUGGGAAACCACUGACAAUUGAAGUGAAAAUAGAUGAGGAAAAUGCUUUAAAACUAAUAAAUAACAGUAAAGAGAAUGUUCAGGUGGAUUGGUAUCAAGAUUCGACUUUACUUAAAUCUAGUCCAAUGUGUGAAAUGAUCAAAUCCAAUGACCGUUUCUUUCUUCAUUCAACUACCAGUCAUUUACAGCCUGAUAAAAUAUACAUGUACACUUGCAUGUUAAGACUUCCUGCUAAUUCAGCUAUAUCCCCGGCUCCAAGUUUAACUAUACCAGUGCGUUGUCAUUAUCCAACAGUUGAAGAAUUAGAAAAUGAAUUCAAAACUAGUAAUCAGAAUAAUACUUCAAAACCAAACGGCAUUAUAACUCAUCCAGUUGCGCUUCCAAGGGAUGAAGCAUUCCAGUUGAGUGUACCUAUUCAAAAUGACUCUGAAAACCAUGAUUAUGUGAUAUGGUGGACACGUAAUGAUAAGUUAUUAGCAGGCAGUCAUUUGCCUACAAAAGACUGCGUCUAUGAAUGUAUAGCUGAGCCUAAAAGAGAGAAAAACCAAACACUAGUGAAACUUCUGAAAAGUUCGACGAAAGACAAUGAUUCUGGAACAUACAAGUGUUGGGCAGUUUCACAAUCAAUAAAAAACCGUAAAAUUCAUCGCAUAGACGUCACAGUUAAAGUGAAUGAAAAAGAAAAAGAUUUGGAUGAAAAAAGGUACGAAGAAGAACGCGAAAAAGACGAAAAGGAAUCUGAAGUGAAUGAAGAAAUGGUUAUUGUGGAUGACGCCGAAACCGAAAGUCCUGUACAGCAAGAUAAUAAAAGGAUCGAUGACACAGAAGAGAAUAUUAAGCAACGGAAUGAAAAAAGUGAUAAUGCACAUUUUCCAGAAACUGAAUUACAGCUUCAGCAUAAAGAGAAUGAAGAAGGAAAGGAGACUGUGGAAAUGAAAGAAAAGAAAGAUGAAACACAGAAAGUAAUAAUAGAGUUCCAGAAAGUUGAUUCUGGAAAUCAGAACGAGGAAGAAUACAAAGAAGCAGAGGAGAAGAAUUCUUCAGAGGAAAAAACUAGUGAGCAGAUAAUUCAGAUACAGGACAAAACAUUAGAAAAGAAAACUGCUGACAGAAUAUCUGUUGACAACAACGAGUUUUCGGAUAAUCAUGAGGAGCUGUCAAAUGUAGAAUUAUGCAUGAAAGAAAAACCCAAAGAUGAAAAACGUCAAAAACCGGAAGAGGAAAAGAGUAGAGAUGUUGAUUCAGAAUCUAAACAGGAGGAAGAAAAAUAUACAAGAGGUGAGAAGGAAAAGUCAGGAGUACAAGUUCCAGAGGUAGCGCCGAAAAGUGAAAAUGAAAUAAUCAUGAACCAGUUAGGAGACGAAGAUAGGACAAAAAAUAAACAAGAAGAUGAGACGAAGCAUCGCUCAGAAGAUAAUUAUGGAAAAACAGAAUUGACACAGACAACAGAAAAGGAACACGAUGCCAAAAAUAAAGACGUAACAGAAGAAGAAAAUAAUGCAAACAAUACAUAUGUGAAAAAGAAAGCAUCAUUGAAAGAAGUCGAAUGUAUGCAGCAGACAGAAGGAAAAGAAAACCAAGAAUAUCCUUUAACUUCUCAGAAUUCGAAUACGGAGGAGAAAAGUUCCUUGAAACAACCAGAAGACAAAAUGACAAUCAAAAAUGAAACUAAAACAGUUGAUGAGGUGGAUACGGAAUUGCCACCACUGAGAAACAAAGAUAUCACAACAAAUUUGACAACUUCUCCUGAUGAGAAACAGAUAAAGAGCAAUAAAUCUAAACGUAAAUCAGUCGAACAUGGUGCAGAUAAAGCAGAAAACCUGGCCAGUGAAGUCAAGGCAGUGAUAAACGAAGACGAGAAGCAGAAGAUUUUAGAGGAGAGUGUUUUAUCGAAGGAUGACCAGGCAAAACCUAUAACUGCUGACAGUGCUACAGACAAAACAGAACAAAUUGACAAUAAACAUAUGAAGUCUGAUAAAUCUAAACGUAGGUCAAGUAAACAUGUUGAUGAGGCAUCUGACGUAAAGAAAGGCGAACAAACUGAACAAGUUGAUGAUAAAAAGAGAAAACACAAAGCGAAGGAAAAGGCGGUAAGUGAAUAUAAAGUUGACACUGAUGAAGAUAAGAAGAAACUGCCUGUAGACAGCAAUGCCGAAUCAGUGGACAAGGUUAAAGAGCAUAGUGAGACUAAAACUAUACAAGAGGUAAAUCAGAAACGCAAAGGAAGUGAACACAAAGUUGACACUGAUGAAAGUAAGAAGAAACUGCCUGUAGACAGCAAUGCCGAAUCAGUGGACAAGGUUAAAGAGCAUAGUGAGACUAAAACUAUACAAGAGGUAAAUCAGAAACGCAAAGGAAGUGAACACAAAGUUGACACUGAUGAAGGUAAGAAGAAACUGCCUGUAGACAGCAAUGCUGAAUCAGUGGACAAGGUUAAAGAGCAUAGUGAGACUAAAACUAUACAAGAGGUAAAUCAGAAACACAAAGGAAGUGAACACAAAGUUGACACUGAUGAAGGUAAGAAGCAACUGCCUGUAGACAGCAAUGCUGAAUCAGUGGACAAGGUUAAAGAGCAUAGUGAGACUAAAACUAUACAAGAGGUAAAUCAGAAACGUAAAGGAAGUGAUAUCCAAAAGACUGAGAAUGACCUUAUGAUGGAAAAGUCAGACAGUGAUACUUUAUUGUCUCAUGGUCCUAAUAUAGGAGAAGAUAAAACCGCUUUCAGUGAAGUCACUUUGGAUAAUGAAAAAGCGAAAAAGGAGUUUAAAGCAUCAGACAAUGAGAAAAAAGAAACUGAAAACAGUGAGAGCACAAUGAACCAUGAAAUUUUUGAUGCAAAGGCUAAUGCUAAGGUUGACCAAGCCAGAGAUUUAGCAUCCAAAGAACAAGAUGCAAUGGAAGAAAAGAAAAAAAAGAAAGAAAAAUCAAGAAAAUCCAGUAAGCAAAAAGAGACGGAACGUAAACUUUCAAAGGAUACAAUUAAAUUAGAUUCAGAUUUAGGUAAGACAUUUACUCCACUCAAUGAACAAAGUGAUGACACAGCUUUGCUCAAUGAAUACCAGCAAGACAAACAACCACGCAAAAAACAUCGCAAAUCGGUGGUGAAGACUGAAAAUGAUGAUUCAGGAAAUAAAAAGAAAAUCUUAGAUGAUCAGAAAGAGUACACGGAUAUUACUGAAGAGAAAUUGGCGCUUGAUUACGAAAAAGAAGGUAACGAAAUCAGAAAUUUGCUGGAAAGUCAGGAAGUCAAAGAAUCAUAUAUGAAAAACCAGGAAAUGGAAAUACCGUCUGAUUUGCUUGAUGAAGAUAAGAUGUGUAAAAGCAAUGUAGUCUUCUUAAAACCAGUAUCUGAUAUCAAUAAAGAAGAAAGUGUACCCGUAAAACAAGGAGCCACAGUUAAUUUAACUACUGAACUUGACACAAGUGAAUCUUCUGUCCUGCAUCCUAAUGACAUUAUCGCCUUAAAAAAUGGAAAACCAAUUGAGUUCAGUGAAAAGGAGAUGCCUAUACUAACAAUCAAGGAUAAUCUAAUCAAAUUAGUACUCGAGGAAAUAUCACCGGAGCAAAGUGGAAUUUAUGAGAUUGGACUACGUCAGCCAACAAAAUAUCCAUUGAAAAGUGGUGAGAACGAAGAUGAAACACUUGAUGAACCUACUUCUUCUUCUGUCAUUCCAUUUGCACGAUUUCCACUUAUUUGUGUUGAGCCUAAUGAAUCAGUAUCCAAAGAUUAUACUAUCAAGCAAAUUCAAGAUGAAUAUAAGCAACCGAAAAUAUUUUUAGCUGAAUUAUUACCAAAGUAUGUAUGUAUGCAGGGUGAAACAAUGAAAUUAGCUGUUGAACUGAAGAGCAACGUUUGCGUGAAAGAUUUUGAAUGGUUGGUGAACGGGAAGACAAUAGACCCUGAAUCAAGUACAGACUUCGUUGUAUGGCAAACGGGCAACUGGAUUGCAUUAACAAUACCAAAUGUUCGUGCAGAUUUAACUGGAACAUACACGCUGAAUGUGGAUACUCCUCGUGGUCGAUACACCACGACAUGUGAUCUGUCAGUGAAUGGACAGAAAAGACAAACUACACCAUAUGUUCCAUCUCAGGUAGAAGGACUUAAACCAUUAUUUACCAAGAAACUUCAAGACUACACGGCUGAAGCGAAUGAAAUCGUUAGACUGUGCGCGCGUUUAGUUGCAGAACCACCCGCAACUAUCAUCUGGAAACACAAUGGUAUCCCAAUUAAAGAUGAUAACAGAAUUAAAAUUUAUCAGGACCAUGUUAAUCCUUCAAUUACAAUUCAAAAUGUGAAAGAUGAAGAUUAUGGUGAAUAUUCGUGUGUAGCAACAAAUGUACUUGGACAAACGGAAACCAAAGCAACUCUCUAUAUCCAAAAUAACUUCUUUGAACCUGUUGGUCCCACAAAUGAUGAAAAUAAAGAUUCAGAAUGUAUCGCUGAACCUACAAGAGGCUCAGCUUUGCCGUCAAGGGUAAACAACCUUCAGUUGGUUGACGUUUAUGAAGAAGGUUUCAAAAUCUCCUGGGAUCCAAUAUUAGAUGAACAGGUCACAUAUAAUGUUGAAAUCAGCAAUGAUGCAGGCAGAUGGUGGAAACCUGUGCUCACCAAUUUACUUGACGUUUCAGCAGAUAUUUCCAAUGAUAUGGCAAGUCCAUUGAAUCCAGUGCAAAUAAGAAUAGUCGCUGAAAACGAAUAUGGUCUUGGUCCUCCUUGUUUUCCAUUUAUUCGUUUACCCAUCCGAGCAUGUCUUCCUCACAUGCAAGCUAUUAAACCGGAAACUGAAUUCGAAGAGGCGACAGCUGUUAGACUUCGAUGGGCCCCAGCUGUACCAUCCCUUUCAACUAGCCAAAUGAACAAAAGUGGUACGCUAGAUAAAUCUCAUUUACUUGGAAAAGUAACCUAUUCAGUUGAAAUUCGAGAAGGGUCACAGUCAGAAUGGUACAGAGUGGCAAGUGAUAUAUCUGGUUUAUCUUACACCUAUCACUUAAAGCCUGGUGUUAGUUCUGCCAUACGUAUUGUUGCCAAGAAUAAGUAUGGUGAGUCAUGUCCUACCCCAAUGACAAUAGUUCAGCUUGAUCCAGACAGCCUUGUUCCAGAUCUCUCCUUGGAUUCACCAUGGGUGGCAGUAAACUAUCCGGUCGAUAACAUUCAAGGAAAAAGACCUAAUGUAAAGUUAUUCUGGAAAGCCGCCUAUAUGCCGGAGUAUUGUGACAGCUGCAUUAAAGGUCUGAAGCCAUUGUAUCGUAUUGAAUGGCGUCGCGGGAAAUCUGGACCAUGGCUUGAGUUGGCUCGCGAUAUUACAGAAUACGAGUCUGGUUACCCCUUACCAAAAGAUAUAGUGGAUUUAUUAAUUAACGAAACAAAAUCUACACCAGAUUUGCUUUUAAACAACAUAAGCUUGAAUCAUUCUGUUGAAUUUCGAGUUUUUUGUUAUAAUGAGUUUGGGGAAAGUGGACCAACUAAGUCUUAUAGACUAAAAGCCUCUCAGUUAUUCCGAGGUCAAUGUUAUCGAAACAACUUACAAUCAGUAGAUACAUCGAAUGGGAUGGAUCAGUAUGAACAUUUAAGUAUAUUAGAUAAGCUACCUGUCAUUUCGUCAGCUAAAGUUCCAAAAUUGGAAGUGCAGGUGACGUCUAUUGAUCCCAAAGAGGGGAUAGCACUCAAAUGGGCUCCUUGUACAAAUUCAUACCUGAGUAACGGUGUUGAUAACAAUCAUGAUUCACAUGGCCGGUACAGAAUUCAACGUAUGUUGCCAAGUUCAGUCAGUGAUAGUACAUCACUCGAUGUGCGGAAUUGGACAGUAGUUUGCAAAGAAGAUGGUCUCAUUUACGGAGAGGAAUAUGUUCUGGAUAUUAGACCGAGUAAAAUGGAGCAGUUUGUGAGAAUUCUAACUCUGAAUGAAGACAGCGAAGGCAAUCAUAUAUGGUUAGACAAUCAUGAAAUCAUACGUAUACCUGCACUCUAUGAAAUAUGCCCACCUGCACCAUCAGGAAUCGAAGUCAAAUUAUUACCUCCCACUGAAACAUCAGGUUGUACAGGUGUAUGCGUCAGCUGGAAACCACCUAAUCACGAGUUUAUUUCAGAUAACAACUAUUUAAAGCAUGUUAAAAAUCAUGAUCAGAUUGACUAUAGAAUAGAGGUGCGUACAACUUUAAGUGAAAUGGCACCUUGGCGGCAAGUCGGUUUAGUGCCGGGAUUACUUGGCAAAAUAGAAGAUCGAAAAGCUGAACCUGGAUCACAGCUUAUUUACCGGAUAACACCAAUUAAUCAGUUCGGUGAGGGCCCCAGCUUGUGUUCGUCGCCAGUUAGACUCCCGCUUCUGCUGACGAGUUUAGAAAGGUGUAUUGAAGACUUACGCUUUCUAAUACUAGGACCAAGUACAAUUCAAUUACGCUGGCGUCUAGGAGAUUCAGUAAUUGAUGCACUGGGAUUUAAAAAGGGCGAGAAACAAUCAAACAAUACCACAAAACAACUGGAUUUUGAUGAGUCUGCAGAAAUGUGUGAACGUGUAAAUUUUUCUGUUGAAAGACGGGAUGGCUAUGCUGGUGAAUGGUAUCCUAUCUAUGAACAGAUUGAAGGAAAUCUUCUCAACAAGAUUUUACUGAACGACUUUUCUUAUUUAGAUAAAGAUAUUUCCUGUAGAAUUACUGCAUAUGUAGACGGACAACAAACGAAGCCAAGUCGGCCAAUUAGCAUAAGUAUUAAAACUGAUUACUUGGUACCAGAUUUCUCAGCAUUUAAGCCACACGUCAAUGUUACAUCUGUUGAAGAAUAUGUCAUCUCGUGGGAGGAUCCAGAUGUACAAUCAUUGUAUACAAGUCAUAUUUUAAAUCUUACCAUGCCUCAAGUACUACACAAAGAUACUAGUUAUUCGAUACAGAUACAGCAAGAAGGUUCAACAGAUUGGAAAACUAUAGCAUCUGAUCUACUCACUACCCAAUGGACAUGGAGUAAGCCGAACCCAUUAGUGGGAUAUCAUAUUCGUGUUCAACCGUUCAAUCAAUUCGGUGCUGGACAUCCGACUAGAAGCACGUUAAUAUCACCUCAAGUCGUCAUUCCUGAUUUAAAAUUCAUGAGACCAUCUAUAGAAUGUCCGUCAGACAUUCUAGUGGGUAGGGUAGCUCCAGAGUUGGUGUGGCAGAUACCUAAGUCUUACGCUUUAGACAGAACAUUUACACCUUACACCUUUGAGGUCCAAGUUAAAGGUGUAGAAAAGCCGACAAACCGUGAUUAUAUUAAAUCAGAAACAGAUCCUGACAGGUCAUCAAAAAAUCAGUCUGGAAGUAUCGGUGGUGAGCAGAUAUGGAGAGUUUUGGCAUCCGGUCUGAAACGUAAUCGUCUAUCUCUCGAACAUUUGGAUCCAGAACAAGAAUACUGGUUGCGAGUUGUUGCUGUAACACAAUACGGUAGGGGUACACCAAGUCAACCUGUCCGAAAGAUGGCUGACCUAAAUGCAAGACGUAACAGAUGCGCAUCAGCUAGCAUAGGAGUUUUACAUGAACCUACACCAACCUCACCUACUUUCACAGAACCGAAUACAAGUGUGAUUUAUGCACCUGUUUAUGGUCAUUUAGAUCUGAAAUGUACAUUUCGUCCUGUACAUUCAGAAAAUGAAACACGUUUCAGUUGGUAUUUUAAUGGCAAACUAUUGGAUACAGAUGUAAAUACAGCUUAUCCUACAUUAAAUCAAAAAUUCUACAGUACAGUAUCCAAAUCUGGUGACACAGCUAUCUUACACUUGAAUGGGGUUGGCGAGAAUGAUUUUGGUUCUUACGUUUGUAAGGCUGUACAUAUGAUGGGAACUGGAGAAAAAGAAUUCCUUGUUAAGAUGGCAGACGCACCCGUUUUCUUAGAGGUUCCUACUCCACUACUGACUGUUAAAUUACACUCUCGUUUUGAGUUGCCGUGUUUCAUAGAUGCAUUACCACCACCAACAAUAAUUUGGACCAGAGAUUCUAAACGAGUUGUCGAAUCACAUCGUACACAAAUCGGUAAGGAAUCAAAACAGUCUUCAAAUAGAAAACCAAGUAUUUCAACCUGUGAAUUUAGUACAGAUGCAACACUGUCUGUGGAUAAAUGCAUCUAUCAGGAUGCUGGCUUGUACACAUUAGUAGCUGAAAAUAUAGCUGGUCGAAUAAUGACCAGUUGUCUCAUUCAUGUUGAAGAAAAUCCUGUUCCCACCAACAUAACACUAAGAUGGACAAAUAUAGAAAAGCAUUAUUUCGUACUAAGACGGCUUGAAAUUGAUUCAUCUUCAGAAGUUCGUCUGCUAAUUGAUAAGAAGACAAAUCGUGAAUACAUUGGAAAACUCUUUAAUUUAGACAAUCCAACAAGUCGUAUAAAUGGCGCUCGUGAAAUGGAGUGUUUAAUGCGUUUAUGUCAUAAAAAUGUACUAAAACUAGUUGAUGCUCUUAUCAGCGAUAAUGUUUUGAUUUUAGUGUGUGAAAAGUUAUCUGGUUCAAAUCUUCUUGAUUCAGUUCUGGCAUGCGAAAACUGGUCCGAAAUGGCAGCAGCAGCCAUAAUUCGUUCAGUACUAGAAGCAUUAGAUCACAUACACAAACAAGGUGUAGUUCACUACGAUAUUCAACCCGACAAUCUACUUUUUGUAAAGAAAACAAUUGGCGAUAACGACUAUGCAAAUUCAUCUGACAAUCCUGACCUAUUACGUGCCCUUUCUUCUUUGGUAACUGAUGUUUUAAGCCAAACCGAUCGACAUAAAAUGAACGUUUUCAGUAAUUUGCUAAAAGUUAUAGGAUUUUCUACAGCGCAAACUUAUAUUACUAAUUCUCAGAAUCGUAUGACAUGCAUGCCUCCAAUACGAUACAGACCAGAAUAUGUUGCGCCUGAAAUUCUUUUAUCAAUAAAGAAAACAGACGGAACAAUCACCGAUGCCAUUCAAGCAUAUUGUGAAAAUCUGGGUCCAUCUGCUGACAUUUGGAGUCUUGGAGUGCUAACAUAUAUCCUACUUGUUGGAUGGCCACCAUUUGUCGAUUACGAGUCAGGCGAUAUACUAACAGACAACAUUUUACAAGCAGUCAUUCCAUUCGACAUUCCUGAAUUCGAAAACAUUUCAGAUGAAGGCAAAGACUUCAUUAAACAAACACUACAGGCAGAUCCAACAAAACGACCUUCAGCGAAAGAAUGCUUGUCUCAUCCAUGGAUUGAGAUAUUCUCAAAUUCGGAAAAUAAAUCGGAAUAUAUUCUGAAGAAACUAAAGAAGUACAAAACAUUUUAUGACUCAGUGCAUCCAGUUUGCAUCGUGAAUGACGACAAAAAUUAUGGUAUCGACUUGAGAAACCGCUUAGCAACCAUGGUAAGACAACCGACCCCAAGUGAAGAUACAGAAAGUGUGUUGUCUUCUCGCUCAUCAUCAGCUCUUGGUUUCCAAGAUAAUUCGGAAUCAUACAGCGAAGAUCAGUCGCAAAUGCUUGACCGGUAUGGAUCACGUGACUUUACUGACUCAAUGUCUCUGAUUUCCUCAAACCCAAAUAUUCCUACCGCAGCAGAUGCUUCAGAAUCAAUUUUAGAAAAAUUUGGUUUGGAAAGACAAAAUACUCUCACGGAAGCCACUCAGUUAGGCGAAACCACUUAUCCCCUUUUAGAAGGACAAGAAAGCAUUUCAACGAAUAUUGAGCAAGGAAACCAGACCACUUCAGCGUCACAUGGAAAAAUCGGAAACAAAUUCAGUGCCCCAGUCUUUGCUAGUCCACUGAAGGAUUCAUAUUUCAAUGUACACACAAGAGAAGCCCGAUUUACUUGUCAACUCGCCAAUGCUCCUUAUAUCCCAGAAAGCAUUCCUGGUCAUGAAGAAGCACUCAGAGAACUGUAUCCAAGUGGUCUGAAUUUUGGUAAGAUCAGCAGAAGUUCUUCUUCAGCUGCUGCAUGGUACUUGGGUGGAUGUUUACUAUCCGAUGGUCCAGGUGUCAGCUUAGGUGCUGGGCAUGGUGGAUGGUUAUGGCUCUGUCUUAGUGACCUUCGUCCAGAGCAAGAUCGAAGUGUAGUUGAAUGUGUUGUUAGAAAUCGAGCUGGUAAAUCCCGAACUAAAGCUCGCCUUUUACUUGGUGAUACACCCAAACCUCCUGGUCGUCCAGGUCUAAUUGAUGUUCGUCCAACGGAGGCCCUAAUCAGUUGGUUAGCUUCAACACCCGAUUCAAAUGAGGAUCUCAUCUACCGUGUAGACAUUAAAUAUUCAGAUCAUGACAAUGAACCACCUACAUGGCAUCGACAUGGAUUUACUGUAGACUGCCGUUAUCUAGCUACUAAUCUCAAACCCGGCAUAUGCUAUCGUGUCCGAAUUUCGGCAGGAAAUACAUUCGGUUGGGGAAAUUAUAGUAUUGCAUCAUCUGACUUCCGCACCCCUUUGGUUUCUACGGAUCAGUCACCGAACAUAUUUUCUGUAGCCGAGAGAAAUUGGAUAUUCACCUGGCGACAGUCUGCAAAUAUCUAUGCUCUAAGUGAUCACCCCGUAGCCCUCCAGUAUGCUGUGGAUCAAGCAAGCAGUGUUCCACCACCGCCAGACAAAGUUUUACAGAAAUUGCACCAACAUAAUGGGAUAAUUGCAAGCUCAGAUGUAUUGAAGUCUAUAUGCAAACCGAUUCGUCUGAUUAACAAGGGUACAUAUACGAAACUUACUCUAGGAAAAUCCCACCCAAUGCUCAGUGAAGGAACCAACUUUAACAAUAUUAGACAGAACAGCCUGUCUCUUCCACCUAGAUUGCUUUGUAAAACCACAUAUCUGGAUCCAGGAGAUAAGACUUUGUUACAAAAGGCUCGCCGUGAAGCCCUGAUACUUACUAUCCUUCAUGGAGCUAGUGGAGGGAUGUACUCUUCGUUUGAAGACUAUUUUGGUGAACAGGAUAAUUCAUAUCUUUUCACUAACCGACGACAACUAUUACCGUCUGGAUGGUCUUUUGGAUGGUUGGCAGAUGAUGCAGCAAAGCCAACACAGGGCAUAACAGUAAUGCAGUGGAUCCCAGGGGGACGACUCAUCGACGUUUUAUGCAGUAGAGUGGAGUAUACUGAAUUUUCCGUCAUGAUGUGGUGUCAACAGAUUCUUAUGGCACUGAGAUGGUUUCAUACAUGCUUUGCAGGACAGCCACAUGGAAAUGUUUGUCCUGAACAUAUACUUGUUGCUCGUCGGACAUCUUCACUUCCAGAUAUUGUACUGAGUGGAUUUGGCAAGAGCACAGAUUCUGGAGAACCUCACAACUAUUUUGCAGCUCCAGAGUUGAAUGAAGAUCAACCGAAAUCUACUGCUGCUGAUUUGUGGAGUGUUGGAGCUGUUAUCAGAUUGCUAUUAACUGGAGAAAAUCCAAGUGACAUCGGUAUCCACAGUAAAAAGCCUACAUCUAAUGAAUCUACUGAACAUCACAAAUCAAAAGUGAAAACAUCCCAGGAUUCACCAUCCACAAUUCAGUCGGAAGAAAACCCCACCUUUCCACAAAGUCAUAUCAGUAUAAAGAAGUUAAAGAGAUUUUCGAAACCCGCACGGAAAUUCGUCUACAACUGUCUAAGUCCAGUACCAAGAAAACGUGGAACAGUAGACUUUUGGUUGGAUUCCCACUGGUUCGAUAUGAAUGCUGAGAAUGUGAAUAACCUGACUUCAGCGAUCAUUCCUACAAAUUUACUACGGUCAUUUAAAACUACUUUAGAUGCUAGUGUUAAUUCCUGUGCAGAAGAAGAAACAAGAGAACUGCAAUUUUCUUGA